AUGACUAUCAACCCUACCUACCUGGCGCAGCGUUCGCGCUCCUCUGUCAACUGGGGCGAUGCGAAAUUCCGAGUCCUGAAGUCGUACCGUGAAUGGCUCCGUGCGUCCCCGGAGAUCCAGACCAUGUACUCCCUGGGCAUGCCCGUAUCCGCCAUCCGCACGAAGAUCCGCCAGGAAUUUGAGAAGCACCGCUACGUCAGCCAACUGCCUGUCGUUGAUGUGCUGCUGUUUCAGAGCCACGCCGAGUUCCAGGAAACGCUCAACUACUGGAAGCAGCUUUCUCAUGUUAUGAAGUACUUCCGCCCAGAAGAAGACCCUGGCGCGCGGCUACCCCGCAACUUCGUCUCUGGUUUCCUUGAGGGUCGCAAUUAA